AUGUCCGGGGAUGAAGACUCGGCUUCGCUUUUCGCUCGAGGCGAUCUCGACCCACAGGCGGUCGUUCGGGGAGUAAAAAAUGGAACGGAAGUUCGUUUAAGGGCCUGGGAAAAAGACGUAAUAGUAUCGUCCAUGAAAGAGUGCCUCGAACAAAUGGCAGCGAUCCUUCAAAGGAACAAUUUGAAGAAAACUGCUACUAAUUUGAACUUCGUGCCAACUGACGUGAGGUAUUUGGAUCUGAUCAAAUCACGUUUACUCUACACCAGCGAGGAACGAGCCAUCAAAGAUAUGGAGACAGAAGCUGCUUUUCAAAAGCUCACAAGUGACAGUACAGACCUGGUCAACAUCCUGGAGAAUACAGUCAAGGAAUUACGAUCAAACGGAUCGUUCGCAGUCCUAACAACGAUUCCAAAAAGUUUGACCGACGCACAAAUAGAGGAAUAUUCGAUCCUAUCCAAAGCAGAGAAAAACAACGAAGAGGUGAAACGGCUGCGAGAGCUAAUCGCCCAAGAGAGAAUAACCAACGAAUCGGAGAGGAAGAAAUCUGUCGAAAAAUUGGCGACGCUUCUGAGAGAAAUGGAAGCACAACAGGCAAAGGGCAGAGCCUCGAUCGCGUACGUUUCUGCUUGGGAGAAAGCCAGAUGUGAACAGAACAUAGCGCGCUGUCAGUUCGCGGAGAAAGACUUACGCCGAACUCUUGAGAAGCUCGAAACAGAAGAGAAGAAUGAAAAUCGUAUAACCAGAGACAUCGAAGUCUUUUUGUGCGACAACAUCGCGGAAAAUGAGGAGCUAAUAGUUGGCUGGGAGAAACGUCACGAUCGAGAACGGACCGAGUAUACGAACGAAAUCGGGAGGCUGGAGAAGAAGAUAAAGUUGGAGAGAACGGCGUUGGAGUUACUCAAGAAAGAGCACCAAGUGAAACAGAAUUUCAUCGACACGUACUUGGCGGAGAAAGAAGCUGAUCGAAAGAAGAAAAAGCUCGAGGAACACGUGCGAAGAAGCACGAUUAAAAUUCAAGCCUGGUGGCGAGGUGUUAUGGUGCGCCAAAAGUUCGGCCCGUACCGACCCGAAGAAAAAAAGAAGAAGCGCCCGGCUAAGUGCAAGAAAUGAAGUCGCUUCGGAGC